AACGUCCUUCUGAGCUCGAUUACUUUUGUCUGUGUGCUAACCAGGCUGUGCGGUCUAACGCAGAGAAGGCAAUGUUGACGUGGAAAUUAUCAUUCAUGCAAAAAAUAUUCUGAUAAACCUGUGAAAGAGUCAGCAACGCAGUCAUGUUGGAUUUCGCCAUUUUUGCUGUGACGUUUGUCAUCAUUUUAGUCGGCGCUGUUCUUUAUUUAUACCCGUCAUCCAGAAGGGCUUCUGGGAUCCCAGGUCUCAACCCCACAGAUGAGAAGGAUGGAAACCUUCAGGACAUCAUCAACAAAGGCAGUCUGCAUGAGUUUCUGGUCAGUCUGCAUCAGGAGUUUGGAUCUGUGGCGUCAUUCUGGUUCGGGGGUCGGCCGGUGGUCAGCCUGGGCUCUGUGAAGCCUCUACAGCAGCACAUCAACCCUAACCACACCACCGAUUCUUUUGAGACCAUGCUGAAGUCUCUGCUGGGUUACCAGGCAGGGAUGAGUGGGGGAGGCAACGAGUCUGUGAUGAGGAAGAAGCUGUAUGAGAGCGCCAUCAACAACAGCCUGAAGAGCAACUUUUCUGUUGUCCUCAAGGUGGUCGAGGAGCUGGUGGGAAAGUGGCGCUCAUUCCCAGAGGCCCAGCACAUCCCACUAUGUGCCCACCUCCUGGGUCUGGCCCUGAAGACCGUCACCCAGCUGGGUCUGGGCGAGCACUUCAGAGAUGAUGCCAAAGUCAUUUCCUUCCGCAAAAACCACGACGCGAUCUGGUCAGAGAUCGGGAAGGGCUACAUGGAUGGUUCUCUGCAGAAGAGCUCCAGUAGAAAAGCUCAUUAUGAUACGGCUCUGUCAGAGAUGGAGUCCAUGCUGCUGUCUGUGUUGAAGGAUAGGAAAGCCCAGAGGAAACAGGCGGUGUUUGUCGACACGCUCCUUCAGUCCAGUCUCACAGAGCAACAGAUCAAGGAGGACUGCAUGGUUUUUACUUUGGCUGGAUGUGUUAUCACAGCUAACUUGUGCAUCUGGGCACUUCACUUCCUGUCCACCUCAGAGGAAGUCCAAGACAAGUUGUACCAGGAGCUGGAGGAUGUUUUGGGUUCUGAUCCAGUUUCCCUGGACAAGAUUCCUCAACUCAGAUACUGCCAGCAGGUUCUCAACGAGACCGUCCGGACUGCUAAGCUGACCCCUGUUGCUGCUCGGCUCCAGGAAGUGGAGGGCAAAGUGGAUCAACAUGUCAUCCCCAAAGAGACUUUGGUGAUCUACGCUCUGGGGGUGGUGCUGCAGGAUCCAGAUACAUGGAGCACCCCAUACAGGUUUGAGCCGGAUCGAUUUGAGGAAGAAUCAGCCAGGAAGAGCUUCUGCCUGCUCGGCUUCUCAGGGAAUCAAACCUGUCCCGAACUCAGGUUCGCCUACACUGUAGCUACAGUUCUCGUCAGUACGCUGGUGCGGCAGCUGAAGCUGCACCAGCUGCAGGGACAAGUGGCAGAGGUGCGGUCUGAGCUGGUGUCCACACCCAAAGAAGAGACCUGGAUCACCGUCAGCAGCAGAAGGAGCUGAACAAAAUGACAGAAGAAUGAGUCGAUGUGUCCUACUGUAAGGAAGCACCGAUUUGAGGAAAUAUUACCAUCCUAGUAUAAGUUGGGUCCAGUUUGUGGUUAUAGCUUGAAAUUAAACUGUUCAUUUUUUGGGCUUGUUUCUGCUGGAUGCCAUCAGGUUUCACCACUUCUGAUUGUCUUUUUGAUGCUUUUACAGAUUAGAGGUUUUUUUUGUAUCGCAGUACCAACCUUAAACUUGCCAAAUAAGCACUUCAUGACCCCAGUUGUUAAAAAAGAAAACCAAGCCAAUGAACAGACCUUUGUCUUUAAAUCAACAAUGUGUGACAUUUACUGACACCUAGUGGUCAGGUUGUAAAUGUCACCAUCUACAGCUCAGAAUCUUGCAACAAUCUGCCUGUUGACAACACUUUCAUCACUCAAAAGAUUUUUGUUAAUUUGUUACUAAUUCUGUUAUUAGCAAAUCUGCAGGCUUUUUAAAUUUAAUGUACUUCCACGACAAAAUAUUUUCACUAUUUUUUUAUGUUACAAGGCUUGUUUCAAGUUGAUUUUUAGUGAAAUAUUUGAAAAAGCCACAGGAUUAGACAUUUCAUUAAUUGUUCAAAAGUUUUGUUUAUUAAAAACUUUUACA